UUUGAAUAUGUGCGGAUGACUAAAUAAUAAUAGAAUUGAUAUGAAAGUAUUUGACUUCAUCAUCUUUUUGUUUAUGAUUAUUGUCGUGCAGGGGCAAGAUCCAAGCGGCACAUCAAAUUUUCGAAACUACAGAUUAGAACUAUUUGACGGAGGAAAUGGGUACGUUGCUGCAAAGGCUGUGUGUGAAGGAAGAAAUGCAUGGCUUGUUGAGAUAAAAGAUCAAGAAACUCAGGCUGCAGUGAGACAGUUAACAACACAAACUGUUUGGGUCGGUUUGCUUUAUGACAGUGGAUGGAAAUGGAACAACAUGGAUUCAUUAAAAUAUACCAAUUGGUUAGUAAUUCAAUUAUAUGUUUUCUUUUAAUUCAAU